GAUUUGUGAAAGAAUCGCAGUGUCUAUCGAUAUUUUGUUCCGUUUAUCCGAGCUCUUGACCUAUUUUUUCAGGUCCCCCGAUCCUGGCAGAGGACUACCUCGACAUCCAAGGGCAGCCGAUCAACCCGUGGUCGCGUAUUUAUCCCGAGGAAAUGAUCCAGACUGGAAUCACGGCCAUCGACGUGAUGAACUCUAUCGCCAGAGGGCAGAAGAUUCCGAUCUUCUCCGCCGCUGGGCUGCCCCACAAUGAGAUUGCAGCCCAGAUUUGUAGGCAGGCUGGUUUGGUCAAAGUACCUGGCAAGUCUGUGCUGGAUGACCAUGAAGACAACUUUGCUAUUGUGUUUGCUGCUAUGGGUGUCAACAUGGAAACUGCCAGGUUCUUCAAGCAGGACUUCGAAGAGAACGGCUCGAUGGAGAACGUGUGUCUGUUCUUGAACUUGGCCAACGAUCCGACCAUCGAGCGUAUCAUCACGCCGCGUUUGGCUCUGACGGCCGCCGAAUUCUUGGCCUACCAGUGCGAGAAGCACGUGCUGGUCAUCCUGACCGACAUGUCUUCGUGUCCGCCGCUCGAGAAGAAGUGCCUGGCCGUAGGGGUUUCCCCGGUUACAUGUACACCGAUCUGGCCACCAUUUACGAGCGCGCCGGUCGUGUGGAGGGCCGCAACGGCUCCAUCACGCAGAUCCCCAUCUUGACUAUGCCCAACGACGACAUCACCCAUCCCAUUCCCGAUUUGACAGGGUACAUCACCGAGGGGCAGAUCUACGUCGACAGACAAUUGCACAACAGGCAGAUCUACCCGCCCAUCAACGUGUUGCCGUCGCUGUCGCGUCUCAUGAAGAGUGCCAUCGGAGAGGGCAUGACGAGGAAGGACCAUUCUGAUGUGUCCAACCAGUUGUACGCCUGCUACGCCAUCGGUAAGGACGUGCAAGCCAUGAAGGCGGUAGUGGGUGAGGAGGCCCUCACGCCCGACGACCUCCUCUACCUCGAGUUCCUCACCAAGUUCGAGAAGAACUUCAUCACGCAGGGCAACUACGAGAACCGCACCGUCUUCGAAUCGCUGGACAUCGGCUGGCAGCUGCUGCGUAUCUUCCCCAAGGAGAUGCUCAAACGUAUCCCGGCCUCCAUCUUGGCCGAGUUCUAUCCGAGAGACUCGCGCCACUAAGAAGAAGAAGAAGAAUCAUUUUCUCAGCGUUACGAAUGUCCACUUGUAUUUUAUUCCAUAGUCGAUCGUACUGUUUAAGUUUUAAGCCUAUUUUCGGGUGCAAUCUGUAAAUAGUCAAGCCAAAAGGAAAGCACAUUAUUCUGAUCGUUGUACAUUGAUAUCUAAUUUUCCUGAUUGCCGUAACGAGUGUUUUGAAUCGUCUAGAUCAGCAUAAGACAAUACUGUUGAUUUUAUCUUUCUUGCAUUUUCAGCUCAAUGGAGAAACAAGAACGGUUACUUUGUUGUUCUCACCAUCCUUUUCAGCAAAAUUUUUAACAUUCGCCGCGACACAUAGAGUAGAAACAUUUAUGUGUCUUUAUGACGCAUUCAUCUACACAUCUACUGGUCCACUGUUUGGAAACAAUCAUUGUAAAGGUGCAUUUUUACCAGAUCGAAGGUGGGCAUCAUUGCGCUUUUAGAUUGCUUCGAUUGACAAAUUCAUAUAAACUAUUUGGUCAAAGGUGUAUAAAUCACAUCAAAUUGACAUAUACGCGAUAUGACGUAAGGCCAGUUAUAAUAUAACGAUGUGUGAGAAGUUUCCUAAUCUAUGUGUCAAAAUUCUUGGAGUAUUUCAGUUGAUGAGGUCAAUUGGUGGCGCUCUCUGUGAGAAUUUAUAUGGGCUCGUCAACUAUUUUGUUCUCCGUUUAGCUGAACAUUUUUGACAGCAUUGUUAACCAUCACUGAUCGAAACUGCAGUUUUUUCCAACUCAAAUGGCUUUAGGUCGAAUUAUGGUUUUCAUAAUCUUAACCUACAACCGUUUUUGUUGACUGAAUUGUGGUUAGUAACAUUUGGUUGAGAUUGCUGUCUCCUAUCAUUUUUUUGUUUUUUCCCUCAUUUUCCAAAGUGGAAAACCAACAUUCCAUUGUUUCAUUGCCCAAGUUGUAUAAAGCAAUACACCUAUCUAUACA